CUGAAAACCUGCUUCGAAGAUUCCAACGUUCGGGAAAUCCAUGCAAAUCACAUAAGCGUAUGUAUAGGAAAAGAAGGAAGAUCGUCAUAGUGUUUCUGGGUUUUUGCACAUUUUGGUGUAAGUUUAAAGGUUUGGGAAGAACAAGAAUGGAGGCGGAGAGGUGGAUGGAGCUCCAUAUGGCGAAGAAAUGGAGAGAUAAAGAGAUCAGCCCGGAGCGAACCAAAGUGUGGAGAAAGCCGGAGGCGGAGCGCAGAGUCGCCGUGGUCUACUACCUCUCUUUAAACGGAAAACUUCAACAUCCCCAUUUCAUGGAACUCCGUCUUUCAUCCCCUCGAGGUCUCUUUCUCAGAGAUGUGCUUGACCGCUUGAAUUCCCUCCGAGGAGAAGGCAUGGCUUCUCUGUAUUCUUGGUCUGCGAAAAGGAAGUAUAAGAACGGUUUUGUAUGGCAAGAUUUGGAGGAGAAUGAUUUUAUAUACCCAGCACACGGGCAUGAGUAUAUUCUCAAGGGAUCAGAGCUCAUGAUGACCCAUUCAUCAUCUCAAGAAACGCCGGCAUUCACAGCCGCCGGUGAAGAUCGUGAGUUUCCGCCACCGCCGCCGAGGCCUAACGACGUGCAAACCAUUGAUAAGGAAUCGGGUCGGAGUGGGAGUUCAGGGCAGAGCAGCGGCGAGAUUUCAACGCCGGCGGCCGGUUCAAGCCCGGAAACACUGGCGGCGUUGAUAAAGGCCGACCGGAGGAGGGUCAUCUUAACGGACGAAGCUCGAAAGGCGGCUGCAUAUUAUGAUCCCUCUGCAAGGCCCAGAACCGCAUCGGUUGUGAUGCAAAUCCUGUCGUGUGGCUCGGUCGCAGCCCGGGAACACGCGCCGCCGUGCAAGGCAAAGACCCAUGGAUUCUCUCUCAUCUCUCAUCAGAAAAUGACAACGAUGCUGCCAUGCGGAACACGCCGGAAUAAUCCACCGGAUGUUGCAGAGAGUGCUGCCAUGGAGCUUCCAUUGAUUGCUAGUGUUUACAAUCUCUAACACCUAUCAUCCUUCAGUACAUAUAAAGUUAAAAAAAUGGUGUGAUUAAAAAAAUGGUGUCAUGUACUAUUGGCCCAACACAGUUAUGUAAGACUUUCCUGUAUAAUAUAUGUUAUAUAUCAAAGUCCUUAAUUAUGUGGUGUAA